GGGCCAAGGACAGGGCUUAUUAGUAUCCUGUGCCUGCCAGUGCUCCCUAACUUGUGUGAAUGAGGGUUUUCUUUACAGUCUACCUUUGACUGUGCUACAAAUAAAGGCCAUUAGUACACACCUACAAUGUCUAGUACACUCCUACAAUAAGCAUGUGCCCUUUCAAGUUGAAUAAUGUAUAUAAAAUACUCUUGCUUCUGCUUUACGGGAGUGGAUACCAGUUAGAAUAUCCGUAACAAGAUCUGAUAUUUGAAUAGCUAUGUAUGUAAAGAAAGGUACACUCUCAAGCUUUGGAACCUUUCCUUUCUGCUAUUGACUUUGUGCAAUUGCAUACAAUGAGAGCCUCUGUUUGGACUGGCUUCUUUCCUACCCGCACACACGGAUAAAUCGAGAAGCAUCCUGGAACAGUGCGUCCUCAAUUGCAUGAAACUUCAGAUUCCCGUUUCUUUCCAGAGAAGUCAACACAGAACUAGGGGGUGAUGCGCCCUGUGAAUGAAUUCAUUGUUGGCUGAAGAUUUUGUUUGCCAUACAGGACAGUAUACUUAUAGAUUUGCAUCAGAGACUGCGUAUCUGUGUUCAGUUUCACUUCGUGGACAAUUUUACUGUGUUAAAGAAAAUAAUAUUAGCCAAGGCGCAACUGACUUUCUGUAGAUACAGCAGAAAUUUUGGAAUGUGUUUAGCUUCGAAAUAUUCAUAAUGUCUGUCAUGGAAAAAGUGAAUGAAGCAACAGAGCCUGGGACUGUCAAAGCUACAAGCAAUGAGCCUGUAAACACAGAAUCUAAUGAGUCAGCUCCCACCAUGGCAUCCCACAUAAAGUACAUAUCUUUGGGUAUAUUGGUACUCCAGACCACAAGUUUAGUGUUAACAAUGCGCUACUCCCGUACGCUGAAGGAAGAAGGGCCACAGUACUUACCGUCCACAGCUGUGGUCGCAGCAGAAGUGUUGAAGAUUAUGGCCUGCAUUCUGCUUGUUUAUAAAGAAAACAAUUAUAACCUCAGAUCUGUGAAAAGAGUGCUGCACGAUGAAAUAAUCAACAAACUGAUGGACACUCUGAAGCUAGCAAUACCUUCAGGGAUUUACACCCUGCAGAAUAAUCUUCUAUACGUAGCACUGUCCAACCUCGAUGCAGCCACUUAUCAGGUGACAUAUCAACUUAAAAUCCUCACAACAGCCUUGUUCUCUGUGUCUAUGCUUCAGAAGAAACUGACAAAGCAUCAGUGGGUUUCAUUGCUCAUACUGAUGGCUGGUGUAGCAUUAGUUCAGUGGCCUGCCGAUUCUUCAAAAACUCAUAACAAAGAGGUAUCGACGGGGUCUGGCUUUGUAGGCCUCAUGGCUGUCAUCACUGCUUGUUUUUCCAGUGGCUUUGCUGGGGUCUAUUUUGAAAAGAUUCUAAAAGAAACAAAGCAGUCCCUGUGGAUAAGGAAUAUACAGCUUGGGCUAUUUGGAUGGAUAUUUGGUCUGAUGGGAGUUUUUAUCUAUGAUGGAGAGCGUGUCUCUAAAGGGGGAUUCUUCCAGGGAUACAAUAAUCUGACAUGGACUGUUGUGGUUCUGCAGGCUUUGGGCGGAUUGGUGGUUGCCACUGUUAUUAAAUAUGCUGAUAACAUCUUAAAAAGCUUUGCAGCAUCUAUCUCAAUCAUUCUGUCCACACUAAUCUCCUACUUCUGGUUGAAGGACUUUGUUCCCACAAGUGUAUUUUUUGCUGGGGCAUUGUUAGUGAUUGCAGCUACAUUUCUUUAUGGCUAUGUUCCGAAACCAUCGGCAAACCCUAUCAAAGCCUGAUGACUGGCAGGUAGAAAGAUGGCAUUACUGCUGUUUGUUCUGGAGAGGAGGGCAAAGCAAGCUAGCUGUGCUGCACACUGAGUAAAGACCAAAGAAUGUGAAACUGCUGAUCUUUGAACACUAUUUAAUUUUAAAGUAAAAAAAAUAAAUACUUGAACAUGAACACAUUGGGUUUUAAUGAUGACUGCCAACUUUUCUAAUUUGGACAGUUUUGUGUUUUGCAGACUAUGUCAAAUAUUUCAUCUUUAAAAUCUAUUUAUUUUUCUUUUGUGGUGACCGGGUUUGGCAUACACACCUGCAUCUGAUUUUGGAUAUGUUUAAGGAACAUCUGUAAUGAAAACAAGAGCUUUUUGAACACAUUCUGGAAAUCUUUGGUAUUGGUUUUAUACAUGAGAGAUUUUUUACUGCCUUUGUGAGAUUAUCAUUUUGGCCAAGACUGGGAAAAUAAACAUUUUACCAAUA